AUGAAGAUGGUAGCAUUGUUGCUUAUCACAUUAAUCAUAGUCUUGGGAUCAUUCCCUCCUCCCAGCAAUGGGAAACCGUGUGUUACAAAUGCGGUUAAGGCUUGCUUUGAUGGCAUUGCUCGUGGAGCGCCAGUGAAGACAUGUUGUGGGAGUCUGAAAGAGCAUCAGACAUGUCUAUGUGAUGUAAUUAAAGCCCGUAUGGUCGAUACCACCGUCCUUAGCGCUAGUCUCAAGUCUUGUGGUAUUCCUAACCCCAAAUGUUGA